CCCCUGGCGUUAUUGCGUUGGAGACGCCAUUGUUGUGGAGGUGUUGUCGGUUUGAAGGUGCUGGAAUUUGCUGUCUGCCCUCCGCUCCCUGCUCCUGGACUCGUGGAGAUUGUUCGCCUGCGCCCUUUCACCUGUUUCCGAGUGCGGUCGGCGGUUAAGGCGAGUGAGCGCUGCACUGCGACGAUGUACGUGGGAGCACAGGGCCGGCCUUUGGCCCACAGCUGAUCCGGGCGCGGCCCUGUCGUCUCGCGUCCCGGGUCCUUGCCCACUCUACGUGCCCCCAUACCCCUGCUACCGUCUGCCCGCUUGCCCAUGGAGCUGGCUGGUGCAUGAGGAUUCGCCGAGGAUUAGGAGCGCGGGGCCUGCCCGCUGCCGUCCGUGAACCUUCCCGAGAGAGGCGGUGUUCGCCCGGAGCUGGGCUCCUCUCGCCACCCAGUGUCCGCGACAAGUAGCACCUGGAGAUCGCCGCUGCAGCACCGUUCCGAGGAGGGUACGCCGAGACGCAGACGUGGACCUUUUUGUGUUAGAUUUAAACAAAAACUCUGGCCAGACUUGCUGCAUUGCGGCUUUGUCAGAAAACAGACCGGAAGGAAAACUGCAUUGUUCGGAUUAUUUAUUUGGGAGAUAAAUCUUUUGGACUUCUUGGACGUUUAAACUAUACCAUUAAAUUUUGAGCUAUCUGGUUUAUUAGUGAGUAAAUCAGCUAGUAUAUAAUUUUUUAUGCAAUGUGAAGUUAAAAAGGAAGCUGGUUGCUUAUUGAGUUCGGGCAAGAUUACUACAGAUUAUUUUUCUUAAACAUUACUAUACAACAAAGUCUAAAUACUUGAGUUUCACAUUUGGGAAUUAAAUUGUGUGUUUUGCAGUGUUAAAAAGGGUAAUUUAUUUUGUGGGUAAGGCUUGUCCCAUUCAAAAAAAAUGUCGUGUAUACAUUACAAAUUUUCUUCUAAACUGAACUAUGACACGGUCACUUUCGAUGGGCUUCACAUUUCUUUGAGUGAUCUAAAGAAGACAAUAAUGGCCCGAGAGAAGCUGAAGGCAGCAGACUGCGAUUUACAAAUCACCAAUGCACAGACGAAGGAAGAAUAUACAGAUGAUAAUACUCUAAUACCCAAGAAUUCAUCUGUCAUUAUAAAAAGAAUUCCAAUUGGAGGUGUGAAAUCUGCUGGCAAAUCAUUUGUCAUAGAUCGUUUUGAACCAACAAGUGGGACAUCGAAAGCAAUUGAUGACUCUGGAACCUCUAUCUCACUGGCCCAGCUUACAAAGACGGCCAAUCUGGCUGAAGCUAAUGCCUCAGAGGAAGAUAAAAUUAAGGCAAUGAUGACUCAGUCGGGUCAAGAAUAUGAUCCAGUCAAUUACAUGAAGAAACCUCUGGGUCCUCCACCUCCAACGUAUACCUGUUUUCGUUGUGGAAAACCUGGUCAUUACAUUAAAAAUUGCCCAACUAAUGGGGACAAAAAUUUUGAAGCUGUGCCAAGGAUUAAGAAGAGUACAGGCAUUCCCCGCAGUUUCAUGGUGGAAGUUGAUGACCCAAAUAUGAAGGGUGCAAUGCUGACCAACACAGGGAAAUAUGCUAUACCCACAAUUGAUGCAGAAGCAUAUGCACAAGGCAAAAAAGAAAAGCCACCAUUCCUGCCAGAGGAGCCCUCAUCUUCAUCAGAAGAGGAAGAUCCAAUUCCUGAUGAACUGUUGUGCCUUAUCUGCAAAGACCUCAUGAAUGAUGCUGUUGUCAUACCAUGCUGUGGAAACAGUUACUGUGAUGACUGUAUCAGAACAUCACUGCUUGAGUCUGAUGAACACACCUGCCCUACUUGCCACCAGACAGAUGUUUCUCCUGAUGCUUUAAUUGCAAACAAAUUUUUAAGACAGGCUGUCAACAACUUCAAAAAUGAAACUGGCUAUACAAAAAGAACUCGUAAACAGCAGCUGACCCAGCAGCAUCAACGGCUAGCUUCCCAUCAAUUGCAAAAUCAGCAGCCCAGCUUGAGACCAUUGCCUCCCAUCAACCCUCAGGCUGUUUUGCCCUUAACCAGACCAGCCAUCUCAAAGUCACUGGAUGUGCCAGUCACCAAUGUUCCUGGGCACGUUUCUAUUCCAGUCUCCCUUCCAAGUGCAGCCUCCGUCCCAGUACGUGCUUCUUCGCCUUUGAAAGUGAAUCGAGAUUCCUCUGCUGCGAGCAUCCCUGCUCCAGAUGUUUUAACGGCUGCUGUUCAUAUUCAUCGGUUACCUUCAAAACACGAGGAAGGAGACAUUCCUGAAAUUGGCAAAUCAACUGUGACCGUUACUUCUGGGAUAACAACUGCUAAUCCAUCCAUGUCCACAAGCAGUACUUCAGCACUUAAGGGUUAUCAGGUUCCCGUUCUUGGUCAUCCUGCUUCACAUGGACAAUCCAUACCUACAACAGUUCAGCCAAUGAGAACAAGUGGUGUUCGGCCACCAGGAAACAGAUCAGGUUGGGAAGUACCAUCCAACAGAGGGCAUCAGAGUGAUCGAGUUCCACGAAGUCGGACACAGGGAAUCGCAAACCCUCCCCCUGUCUAUGUGCCUCCUCCAACCCUGUACCCUCCUCCACCUCACCCAGUUCCUCUUCCUCCAGGCGUACCUCCUCCUCAGUUUCCUCCACAGUUUCCUCCAGGCCAACCCCCUCCUGCAGGAUUUACUGUCCCUCCUCCUGGAUUCCCUCCAGCACAGGCUACAAUAUCUGCCCCAUGGAUACCUCCUGCUACACCAUCAGCUCCCGCCAGUGUCAUACCUACUGUCACGCAAGCACCUCCACUGUCCAGGGAGGAGUUCUACCGGGAGCAACGACGACUAAAGGAAGAAGAGAAGAAAAAGUCAAAGCUUGAUGAGUUCACAAAUGACUUUGCUAAAGAAUUAAUGGAGUACAGAAAAAUCCAAAAGGAACGGCGGCGCUCCUACUCCAGGUCCCGAUCACGUUCAUAUAGUGGAUCGUCGUUCAGUGGCAGCUCUUACUCAUAUUCCAAGUCGAGAUCUCAUUCCUCACGGUCAUAUUCUCGAUCAGUCAGUCGAUCUCCAAGUCGUUCGUAUUCGAGGUCACCUUCAUAUCGUCGAGGCAGUGGGAAGAAUAGAGGCUAUCGAUCAAGAUCCAGGUCUCGUGGAUUUCAUAGAUCCAGGUCCAGGUCACCAUCUUACAGAGGAUAUCGCUCCCGCUCCCGAUCUCCAAACUACAAGCCCCAUUCUCCUUACAAAAGAAGUAUCCCUCAGAGUGAAAAUGAUCGUGAGUAUUAUGAUCGUUACAGAGAACCGUUACCACCAUUUGACUACAGAGAACUUUAUGAUAGACCUCGUGAUCCAAGAGACUCUUUUGAAAGGGAGCGGUACAGAGAAUGGGAGAGGCGGUGCAGAGCAUGGUAUGAAUAUUAUAAAGGGUACAAUGGUGGUAAUCAACCACGACCUCGUUCUCCCACAAGUAAGGACCAUUUCUCUCCUGAGCGUUUUGUCCUACCUGGCACCAGGCGUGAUAAUUCACCUCACGUUCGGAGUCGCAGAGAUGAAUAUGCAACGGAACAGUUACCACGAGGGCGUAAUUUGGGAGGUGCAAACAAUUAUCCAGAAAAGUACUCUUACAGAGAAAGUCACUCUGGAAAGGAACUGAGAGGGUCCAAAGAAAAGGAAACAACAGUAAGCCUUCGCCCUGAUUCAAAAAGUGCAAAACACAAAAAACACAGGAAGAGGAAAAAAGACGAAACUGAGUCAGUCAGUAACCUGAUGUCUUCUCGAGAUGGAAGAAAAGCUGUAGAGACUACUGGUGAUGAUAGUAAAGGGUCUUCCUUGUUUCUGCCUCCCUGCAGAGAUGAUGCCACACCUGUGAGAGAUGAGCCCAUGGAAGGAGAUUCGGUUGCUUAUAAAACUCCAUCUGACAAAGACAGGAAAGAAAAAUCAAAAUCAAAAAUGGAAAAGAUGAAGCGGAAGGCAGAGAGUAGCAUGCUGAAAAAGGAAUCCUCUGGGAAAACCACAAAAGCACCCCAAGAGAAGCCUCUAGAAAAAGAGCGGGAGAAAUCACCUCACAGUGAGCCCAGCAUUAAGAAAAAUAGGGAAGAAUGUCCUCCCAAAGUUGAAGGUGUGAAAAUCCAACCCCUUCCAAAAAGUGAAAAGUUCUUUCUGCCAAGGAAGCUGCAGCUCAAAAUGGGGCGAGAAUAUAAAGAAAUGAAAACUACAAAGGAGGAAAAACAAAAGAAAGAUUAUCCCAGGGAGGAAACAAAACAUGAGAAAACUGUGAACAGGGAGGAAAAAUUUAAAAAAACAGUCAAAGCAGAUGAUAAGCCAGGUAAGGCAGAAGCAAAAGCUGACAAGCGUAAGCGGAAAAAUGAUGAAAAGAUGACUGACAGAGAGCUUGGAACACCUCCAACUAAAUCAUCAAAAGUGGAAAUGCAGGAGGCAGCAAAACCUUCAACAAAGCUGAAGUCCACAUCUGCUACCGAGAAAGCAACAGGAAAUCUUGUAGAAUUAUCUUGUGAAAAUGAGAAAGUCACUCCAACAAAUUUGCCAGUGAGGAAGAUUAAAAUAAAUAGGGAAAGUGGCAAAAAGAUUGUGAGUGGGGAAUCCCCAGCUGCUCAGGAGGAGGUUUCCGAGUUACUGGAAUUAAAUGGUGGAAAAUCCAAAUCAGACAAAGUGAAAACCAAGGCGAGGAGGAAAGUGACGGGCAGCGAGACAGCUGGUUCAGUUCUGGUAGACUAUACAAGCACCAGUUCUGCUGGAGGGAGCCCCAUUAGGAGAGCUGAGGAGAAGCUGGAUGCAAAGAAAACCGUGAUCAAGACCAUGGAGGAGUACAACAGUGAUACCAGGCCCCCAGCUGAAGAUGAGAUUGUCAUUGUCCAAGUCCCUCGGUCCAAGUGGGAAAAGGAGGAUUAUGAGACGGAUGAAGAUGAAGGAAAGGCAGCAGCUGCACUAAACGCUGGGAAACCCAACAGUUCUGGGCAAGGUGUGAAGCCUGCCAACCCAGCAAAGCAAACUGAGAAAGAUGCUGUUUUUGUAGAGAGAGUUCCAAAAACUACUAAAGAGCUGAACAUGGAAGAAGCCCAGCAGGAGGCUAAACCCCCAGGUAAAAGCUAUGUGCUGAAUGAAAAAUCUGCAAGGACUAAAGAUAAGGAACAUGGUAUGUCAGACAGAGAGAUUUUGGAGAAGAAGAAAGCAGCCAUUCAGCUAGACAAGCCAGCAGUUACUGAGAGAGUGAUUGAGGCAGCAAGCGGAAAGAAUCCACCUACAAAAGAGCACCAGGCUGAAAAACUGGAGCCAGGUAGCCGAGGUGCCUUAAACAAAGACCUGCUUGCUAAUAUUGACAGUAAGAUGGAUGGCAACAACAGGCAUGGCUCAACCAACAAGCAGAGAGAGGAACGAAGCCGAGAUGCAAGAAGGCGAGUGUCCCCCAGUAAGUGUGAAGAACUGACAUAUGGUCAAAAGGGAAGAGAACAACAUACAGAGAGCAGAAGAGGCAGUACUGAGCCCAGGAAAAUCGAUCACAAUGCUGAGAAAGACAAGAAAUCACAGACGGACCACAGAAGUGGGUCGGAGUGCAUAAGUGGCAGUGAAGAGGCAAGAUCAAUCUCCUUUAGCCGAGGCAAGGAGAAACAUAUUUUUGAAACCAGAAGCAAUAAGGACAGUCAAGUAAGUGGGAAUAAGGUGGCUCAUCAGACUGAAGGAUCAGCUGAAAAGAACGAGCAGGAACUUUCUUUGAGCCGAGGUGAGAAAGAUCACAGCCGCUGUAGACUUCCGGGAUCCCUUAGUCGUUCAUCCCGAUUAUUGCGCCAUUCCUUAGAUGUAGCCAGGGAAACAGACGAGGCUGCCUUUGAACCAGAUUACAGUGAAAGUGACAGCGAAACUGAAGCUGAGCUAAACGAUGGAAAUAACACAAAAGAGAUCACAGAUGAACCAAAGGAGGUCAUGGGUGUGUCUGCAGCUUCCAGGAACAGUGGAACUAAAAGUCACACCCAAAGCAGCCCUAGCCCCAGUUGUAGUCGCAGCUACAGCCCUAGUGAAAGUCAGACACGCAGUCACAGCAGUAGUGCGAGCUCAGAGGAUACACAGGACAGCAAGAAGAAGAAGAAGAAAAAAGAGAAAAAGAAGCACAAGAAACAUAAGAAGCACAAAAAGCAUAAGAAGCACCUUGGGGUUGACUCAGAGUCUGAUAAAACUCAGAAACACAAACACAAAAAGAAAAAGUCCAAAAAAAGCAAGGACAAGGAUAAAGAUAAAGAAAGUGACCAAAAGGUCCGAUCGUCUGUCAUUGUGCGAACUGCAGAAACGGAUUAGACAGAUGUCUAGAAUGUUUUGUCAAACUCUGCCACAAUACUUGGAAGCUUUGUAAAUAUUUACUCAGACAUUGCUAUUCUGCGCUGAGUCUACUAAACUGCAAUUCUGGAGAUAUUGUUUUCUGUAAAAUUGAGGGUUUAUAAAUUAGCAAUUUUUGUACAGAAUUAUGUUUGACCGAAGUAUGGUCAGAUUAUGCUGCAGCAUUUUUAAGUGAACUGUCAGACUACACUGGGAACUACUGUGAAAUUCUCACUGUACUUUUUUAUAGCUGUGUAUACAAGCUGACAGUGUAAUUAAUGUAAAUGUUUUGCUUGAUGAUUUGCAGUACAAAGCCCCAUUGUGUCAUCUUUUGACUGAAUAAAUUUUCAUUGAAUUCAGUACAGUUGCAACAAA